AUGCGGAUUCUUGCCUUAAUUGCUGUUCUUGUUGGACUAGCAAUUCAACUCAAUGUUGAAGUGGAAGGAUUGGUGAUAGAAAAAAGUGGAAGGCCUAUGAAUUCAUGGCAAAGUGCAUCAAUUAGAACUGUCGAACUGCCUAACUUCAUGAAAGUCGAUCCUAAAUACCGAGUUGAUUGCAAUCCAGACAUUGAUGAGUACCGAUCUUUCUGUGUUCUUAACCUUUCAACAGAUAACAAACUAACUACAUCAAAUGAAUCAUGUACAUCUCGUGGAUGUACAUGGGAUACGAAUGUUGAGUCGGGCAUUCCUACUUGUUAUAUUCCAACGGAAAAAGGUGGUUAUUCAGUGACAGAUGGCCCAACACAACUUUCAUCUGCCAUGACACAGUAUACGUUAACACGCCUUUCAACCAAACCAGCGCAUUUUCGCUCGUCGUUUAUUAAUCCGAGUCGUGCUGCACGAGCAGCAACUCAAUUUUCCAUGUUUGGUCACGAUAUUGAAAAUUUAAAGGUUCAAGUUAGUGUGUCCGGUCCUCAAAUGAUACGUAUGACUAUACGUAAUGCAGAUUCACAACGAUACGAAGUUCCUGUUCCGAUUCGAUGGAAUCCAUCAGCUCCGACAACAAGUGGUCCAGCAAAGAUCGAAUUUGAAAUGACCAAAACAACGAAUCAACAAGUUGGACUUCGAGUGAAACGUACAAAUUCAGGAUCGAUUCUGUUCGACACAACAUUAUUUGCCAAUGGUUUCAUCUAUGAUGAUCAAUUUCUCCAAAUAAUAACAACAAUUCCAUCUAGAAAUGUCUAUGGUUUCGGUGAAAAUACUCAUCCAUCUUUUCGUCAUGAGCUGAAUAAGUCAAAUCGAUAUGGAAUUUUUGCUCGAGAUCAACCACCCUCAGGAGUCAAUGAAAAUCUGUAUGGUACGCAUCCAUUUUACAUGGUUAUUGAACCUAAUGGAGAAGCUUUUGGUGUAUUUAUCUUUAAUUCAAAUGCACAAGAUUAUAAAUUCGAUGAAUUCGAUGACGAAAAAGCAAUGUUUACUUACCGAACCAUUGGCGGCAUUUUAGAUGUGUUCGUUUUCUCAGGACCAACACCGGAACUAGUUAUUCGACAAUACCAAAGUAUUAUCGGAAAUCCAUAUUUACCUCCGUAUUGGGCAUUUGGAUUUCAACUUUGCCGGUAUGGUUAUGACAAACUUGACAAUAUGAAAGCAGCCAUGUUCAGAACGCUCAAUGCAAGUAUUCCUAUUGAUGUUCACUAUGGUGAUAUUGAUUAUUUUCGAAAAAGACUUGAUUUCACAUGGAAUAAAGAAGAUUUUAAUGGCUUACCUGAAUACGUCGAUUGGUUACAUGAAAAAGGAAUGAAAUUUAUUACAAUUCUCGAUCCGGCUAUUGAUUCCGAAGAAAAAGAUUAUUCCGCUUUUGAUGAAGGACAAAAGGCUGAUAUCUGGAUUAAAUGGCCUGCCCGUAAAAAUGUUCAAUUUAAUGAAACUGGAAAUCGAAACAUGCUCGGCUAUGUUUGGCCUGAUGGAAAAACUGUGUUUCCUGAUUUUUUCUAUCCGCCCGCUUUCGAUUGGUGGAAAUCACAAAUUGUUGAUUAUCAUAAGCAACUGAAAUUUGAUGGUAUUUGGAUUGAUAUGAAUGAACCAGCUAAUUUUGAUACAAACAAAUUACAACCGUGGAAUUGGAAUACAACGGUGUUCCGGCCCGAAUCGUGGAAUCUUUUUUGUAACGAUAGUGGCGAACAUUUAGACAAUCCACAAUAUAAAACAGCUAUUUGUGGUGAUUAUAUAUCUGAUAAAACUUUAUGCAUGAUUGCUGAACAAACCGAUGGCCGAGGCAAAACCUAUACACAUUAUGAUGUUCACAAUCUGUAUGGUUGGUCAGAGACUAUGGCUACAUUGCCAGCUGCACGUAGCAUAGAAAAUAAACGAUCGAUUGUGAUUAGUCGAUCUACAUUUCCGACUUCUGGUAGUUUUACGGGUCAUUGGCUGGGAGAUAAUACAGCCGAUUGGCAACAUCUUAAAUACAACAUUAUUGGAAUGCUAGAAUUCAAUUUAUUCGGUAUUCCCUAUAUCGGUGCUGAUAUUUGUGGCUUCUUUCAAAAUACAACAGAGCAAAUGUGUCAACGAUGGAUGCAAUUAGGUUCUUUCAAUCCAUUCUUUCGAAAUCAUAAUGGCAACAACCAAGACGGUAUCAAGUUUAUUGAGCAAGAUCCUGGAAUUUUUUUGCCAGAUGUAGUCGCAUCGAAUCGUCGUGCAGUUGAACAAAGAUAUACUCUCAUACCAUAUUUGUACUCAUUAUUUUUUCGUGCUCAUAUCUCCGGUGGUACCGUUGUACGCUCAAUGGCCCAUGUCUUUCCAACCAUUCCAGACUGUUGGCCACUUGAUGAACAAUUCUUAUGGGGUUCAUCAUUGCUCAUUGCUCCUGUAAUUAAAGAAAAUCACACCACUAAAUCUGUCUAUUUACCUUGGACGGAACGUUGGUUUAAUUAUUAUACGGGUGAAGAAAUGAAAGCACUGAAUCAAACAACUGUUGCAGCACCAUAUGAUUUUAUACCAUUGUUUUUACGUGGUGGUUCAAUAAUUCCUCAUCAACAGUCGGCUAUGAAUACUGUAGAAUCCCGUAAGAAACCACUGUACCUUAUUGUGGCACUAGAUAAGGAUCAACAAGCAUCUGGUGAAUUGUUUUGGGAUGAUGGCGAAUCGAUUGAUACUUACAACCGAGGGAUGUACAAUCAUUUUAAUUUUGUUUUUAAAUCAAAAGUUUUAACCAUUGAUCCAUGGGCAUAUAAAUAUCCAGAAAUGGGUGAUACAAUUAAAUUAGAGGACAUCAAAGUAUUUGGUAUGAAUCAAAUACCAACGAGAAUUUUAUGGAACGGGCAAGAAUUACAACCAACAGGCCAGUGGACAUUCAACUCCGCAACAAACAUCUUGCAAAUGACAGGACUCGCGUUAAAUGUCGCUAAAAUACAUAGAUUUACUUUUCUCUAA